AAAAAGGAAAAAAUAAAAACAUACAACAGCCGGUGUUCGCUGAUGGUCACCCACUCAACUACUAAUCUGCCGGUUAGUGGCUUGUCUAUGGGGGAGCAGACGGGACCCCGAAUUCUCCACUACCUAUGGUCGUAUGUGAUAGCAAACGAGUAG